CCCCAGCGUUCUUCGCGUACUGGUGGCGAGCUCAGACCCGGGUGCGCGGCGACCCCGGAAGUCCCGCGCAGGGGCAGGUGGGCCCUGGGCCUGGGCGGCCAUGGCAGUGACUGCCGUGGCGGCCUUACUGGCCGCACUGGGUGGGGCCCUGUGGCUGGCGGCCCGGCGGUUCGUGGGGCCCAGCGUCCAGCGGCUGCACCGAGGCGGAGACUCCGGCCUCAUGCACGGGAAGACAGUGCUGAUCACGGGUGCGAACAGCGGCCUGGGCCGCGCCACAGCCGCCGAGCUGCUACGCUUGGGGGCGCGAGUGAUCAUGGGCUGCCGGGACCGCACGCGCGCCGAGGAGGCGGCGGGUCAGCUCCGUCGCGAGAUCUGCCAGGCUGGGGGCCCCGAAUUGGGGCCUGACUCCGGCGGGGCCGGCGAGCUCGUCGUCAAGGAGUUGGACCUCGCCUCGCUUCGCUCCGUGCGCUCCUUCUGUCAGGAGGUGCUCCAGGAAGAGCCUAGACUGGAUGUUUUGAUCAACAAUGCAGGCAUCUUCCAGUGCCCAUAUAUGAAGACUGAAGAUGGGUUUGAGAUGCAGUUUGGAGUGAACCAUCUGGGGCACUUCCUACUCACCAAUCUUCUCCUUGGACUCCUUAAAAGUUCAGCUCCCAGCAGGAUUGUGGUAGUUACCUCCAAACUUUAUAAAUACGGAGACAUCAACUUUGAAGACUUGAACAGUGAACAAAACUAUAAUAAAAGCUUCUGUUAUAGUCGGAGCAAACUGGCUAACAUCCUUUUUACCAGAGAACUAGCCCGCCGCUUAGAAGGCACAAACGUCACUGUCAAUGUGUUACACCCUGGCAUGGUGCGGACCAACCUUGGGAGGCACAUACACAUCCCACUGUUAGUCAAACCACUUUUCAAUUUGGUGUCAUGGGCUUUUUUCAAAAGUCCACUAGAAGGUGCCCAGACUUCGAUUUAUUUAGCCUCUUCCCCUGAGGUAGAAGGUGUGUCAGGAAAGUACUUUGGGGACUGUAAAGAGGAAGAGCUAUUGCCCAAAGCUAUGGAUGAAUCUGUUGCAGGAAAACUCUGGGAUGUCAGUGAAGUAAUGGUUGGCAUAUUAAAAUAGGAGCAAGGGGUGGAAGAGAGCUGUUUGUAAGACUGGAUGUCAGCUCUAUCGUUUUGUUGUUUUGUUUUGUUUUUUGGCUACUGCACGUGGCUUGCGGGAUCUUAGUUCCCCAACCAGGGAUCUAACCCGGGCUCCCAGCAGUGGAAGCAUGGAGUCCUAACCACUGGACCGCCGGGGAAUUCCCUGGAUGUCAGCUCUAUCUUUGAUCAGGAAUGGUGUGGCUUGGGUACUUGCUACUUGAAAAUGCAAUUUUGGUUUUACUGUAGUAGUGCUAAGAGGUACAUAGAGAUUUUUUUUUUUUUUUUUUUUGCGGUACGCGGGCCUCUCACUGCCGUGGCCUCUCCAGUUGCGGAGCGCAGGCUCCGGACGCGCAGGCUCAGCGGCCAUGGCUCACGGGCCCAGCCGCUCCGCGGCAUGUGGGAUCCUCCCGGACCGGGGCACGAACCCGUGUCCCCUGCAUCGGCAGGUGGACUCUCAACCACUGCGCCACCAGGGAAGCCCCUUAUACAGAUAUUUUGAAGUUACUGAAAAGUUAUUUUUUGGAGAACAUAAAAUUUCAGAAGAGAUGUUUUAAAUAUAUAUAAUCAUAUCGAUUAUAAUGAGUGACAUGGUUAUAUUUUAAAAUUAUAAUUGAACAAGCAUGGAUUACAAAUAUUAAGGAAUUCAGGGACUUGAAAUAGAUACUUUGAGAAGUUUUUCAAAUAUCUUUGAGUUUUAUGGUAUGUUUAAAGUGUUAAAUGUUUUAAUGACAAUACUGGCUUUUGUGGGGAAAUAAUAUAUGCAUGGUUUGAAUGCACAAUUCUUACUUGGAAUAAAUUUACUGUUGCAUAUUC